AUGUCGCGGACAGUGAUGCCGCCCGAACACAUAAGGAAAAUAGUGAAAGACCAUGGGGAUAUGUCCAGUCGCAAAUUCAAGUGUGACAAACGUGUUUAUUUAGGUGCGCUUAAAUAUAUCCCGCAUGCUAUUUAUAAGUUAUUAGAGAACAUCCCAAUGCCUUGGGAAGACAUUAAAGAGGUUGAAGUGAUGUACCACAUCACUGGUGCGCUGACAUUUGUCACUGAAAUUCCUCGAGUCAUCGAGCCCGUGUACUUUGCGCAGUGGGGGACGAUGUGGCUUGCAAUGCGAAACGAGAAAGUCAACAGGAAGAAUUUCCGGCGAAUGGUUUUGCCUGUUUUUGAUGAUGAAGAGCCUCCCCUUGAUUAUUCGGAUAACUUGUUAGACGUCGACCCGAUAUCUCCAAUCAAGUUUGAAUUGGAUGGGAUGGAAGACUCUGCAGUGAUUGAUUGGUUAUACGAUAAUAAGCCCCUUUAUAACACCAAAAACGUGAACAAGUCCUAUCGAAAGUGGACGCUGAACAUUCCACAGAUGGCGACCCUCUAUCGACUCUCAGAAAGACUUUUAGGAGACUCGAAUGAUCGCAAUUACUCAUUCCUGUUCAACAAAGAAACUUUCUUCACUGCAAAAGCGUUGAAUUGCACAGUCAUUGGUGGACCGAAAUUUGAACCUCUUUAUCGCGAUAAUUUGGACGACGCGGAUUGGUCUGAUUUUGACGACGUCAAUAAGGUGAUCAUCAGAAGAGUCAUUCGAACAGAAUACAAGAUCACAUAUCCUUAUUUGUACGCACAACGACCAAGAGAAGUCAAGGUCAUCCCUUAUCACUACCCACUGUUGAUGCUCAUCAAGCCCGAUGACCCCAAUUUACCGACGUUUUACUUCGACUCGAUAUUAAAUCCGAUUCAGAGUCGAAUGGAUCUUGAAGGAGACGUGAAAGAAGACGUUAGUGAUGACACUGAAUAUGACGACGUUGAAUUUUAUUCGGAUAUCAUACCAUUUGGAGAAGACAUCGACUUGAAUGGAAGCCAAUUCAAAGACGGACUGAAUCUGUUUAACGCUCCAAGUCCAUUCAACGAGAGAAGAGGAACAAUGCGACGCGCACAAGACGUCGCUUUAGUCAAGAGUUGGUACCAAGAACACAUUCCAAAGGAGUACCCCAUCAAAGUGCGGGUCAGCUAUCAAAACUUGUUGAAGUGUUUUGUAUUGAACGAGUUACACAAGCGGCCAUCGAAGUCGUUGUGUAAGAGAAACUUCUUUACUGCGCUUGAAACAACACAAUUCUUCUAUCACACAAAACUCGAUUGGGUCGAGGCGGGGCUCCAAAUAGCACGGCAAGGGUAUAACAUCAUGAAUUUAUUGGUCCAUCGAAAGAACGUUGAUUUCUUACAUUUGGACUACAACUUCAAUAUCAAACCGGUCAGAACGUUGACAACAAAAGAGAGGAAGAAGUCGCGAUUUGGGAAUUCGUUCCACUUGUGUCGAGAAAUACUGAAAAUGAUGAAGUUGGUAGUCGACGCGUUUUGCCAGUACCGACUGGGACACGCAGACGCAUUCAUAUUAGCCGAUGGGGUUCAGUACAUCUUCUCACAUAUAGGAACCCUCACUGGGAUGUAUAGAUACAAGUAUAAAGUGAUUCAACAGAUCCGGAUGUGUAAAGAUCUUAAACACGCGAUUUACUAUCGAUUUAAUACAGGCCCCGUCGAGAAAGGGCCAGGGGUAGGGUUCUGGGGGCCGAUGUGGCGAGUGUGGGUGUUUUUGUUACGAGGGAUCAUUCCGAUCUUGGAACGGUGGUUGGGGAAUUUACUUGCGAGGCAAUUUGAAGGAAGAAAGUCGAAGGCGACGCCGAACACGAGAACGAAGCAACGCGUGGAGAGUGGGUUUGAUAUAGAAUUGCGAGCGGCGGUGUUACAUGAGAUCAAUGAAAUGAUGCCUGAGGGUAUUAAAAACUCCAAAGCGAAGGUUAUCAUGCAACAUUUGAGUGAGGCGUGGAGGUGUUGGAAAGCGAAUAUUCCAUGGAAGGUUCAAGGGUUACCUGAGCCGAUAGAAAAUAUGAUUGUUCGCUAUGUAAAAAAGAAGGCUGAUUGGUGGACUGAUGUAGCGCAUUAUACUCGUGAGAGGACGAAGAGGGGAUGUACUGCUGAUAAAUCAGUGACGAAGAAAAACGUUGGAAGAUUGACACGACUUUGGCUGAAGAGUGAACAAGAGAGGCAAAGUGAGUACUUACGAGAGGGGCCAUAUGUAUCUUCAGAGGAAGGUGUUGCGAUAUUGACCACUACAGUACAUUGGCUUGAAGGGAUGCAAUUCCAACCGAUUCCUUUUCCGCCAAGUAACUACAAAUAUGACACGAAAAUCCUUGUGUUGGCUUUGGAGAAUUUGAAAGAAGCGUUUUCGACGAAGUCGCGAAUUAAUCAGAGCCAAAGAGAGGAGCUUGGCCUCAUCGAACAAGCGUUUGACAAUCCACAUGAGUUCUUAUUGAGAAUCAAAAGACAGCUCUUAACACAACGAACGUUCAAAGAAGUCAAUUUGGUGUUUGUUGAUAUGUUCACACAUUUACUCCCCGUUUACUCAUUUGACGCUAUGGAAAAGAUAGCGGACGCGUAUUUGGACCAGUAUCUGUGGUUUGAAGGAGACAAGCGAAAUUUGUUCCCCAACUGGGUCAAACCGGCCGAUACGGAGCCACUGCCACUGUUAGUCUACAAGUUUUGUAAUGGGAUGAACAAUUUAGAAGACAUUUGGGAGACGCGAAAUGGGGAGUGCAAUGUCAUAGUUGAGUCGUCAUACGACAAAAUGUUCCGAAAAGUCGAUUUGACGCUUUUAAAUCGACUUCUACGACUUGUGAUGGACCCACUUCUUGCUGAUUACAUCACUGCGAAGAACAAUGUGACGAUUGCGUACAAAGAUAUGAUGCAUGUGAACUCAUAUGGCCUAUUACAUGGUCUUGCGUUCUCAAGUUUUGUGAUUCAGUACUACGGCCUUGUACUUGACAUCUUGUUACUUGGGCCGAAACGAGCGAUGGAGAUAGCGGGGAGUGCGUCUGCGCCAAAUGAUUAUCUCACGUUUAAGACGAAAAGUGUUGAGACAAACCACCCCAUUCGGAUGUACACGAGGUACGUCGACAAGUUCUAUAUGGUGCUUCGAUUGACGAGAGAAGAAAGUAACGAGUUGAUAGAACGAAUGUUAGUCGAUCGCCCCGAUCCGAAUAAUGAGAACGCUGUUGGGUACAAUAACAAGAAGUGUUGGCCUAAAGACUGUCGUAUGCGAUUGAUGAAACAUGACGUGAAUUUGGGACGUGCAGUAUUUUGGGACUUACAAAACCGUCUUCCACGAUCACUGACUACAAUGAAGUGGGAAGACUCGUGUGUCACUGUCUAUUCACAAGAUAACCCGAACACGUUAUUUACGAUGUGUGGGUUUGAAGUGCGUAUAUUGCCGAAGUGUCGAGCGAAUGAGGAGGAGUUUAGUAUGCGAGAGGAUGCGUGGGAGUUACAAAACAGUGAGAGUAUGGAAAAGACAGCGCACGCGUUUUUGAAGGUAUCGAAUGAAGAGACGAAGAAGUACGAGAAUCGUGUGAGACAGAUUUUGUUGUCGUCUUCUUCAACGACGUUUACACGUAUUAUAAAUAAAUGGAAUACAACAUUGAUUGGACUGAUGAUGUACUUUAGAGAAGCGACAAUACACACGCCGGAGCUUUUGGAUAUCUUGGUGAAGUGCGAGAACAAGAUCCAGACGCGCGUCAAAAUUGGGUUGAACUCGAAGAUGCCCAACCGGUUUCCCCCCGUCGUCUUUUACACGCCAAAGGAACUUGGAGGGCUUGGGAUGCUCUCGAUGGGCCACGUCUUAAUUCCCCAAUCUGAUUUUCGAUGGACAAGACAGACGGAAGUUGGGAUUCAAGCGUUCCGAGCCGGGAUGAGUCAUGACGAAGACCAGUUGAUCCCGAAUUUGUUUAGAUACAUAUUACCAUGGGAGACCGAGUUUAAAGACUCGCAACGGGUGUGGAUGGACUAUGCUGAAAAGAGGAAAGAAGCGAUGGAAGAAAACCGACGCCUUACUCUUGAAGACUUGGAAGACUCGUGGGAUAAGGGGAUUCCACGUAUAAACACUUUGUUCCAACAAGACAAACACACAUUGGCGUAUGAUAAAGGGUGGAGAGUUAGAAUGGAGUUCAAGAAGUAUCAAGUCGACAAGAUCAAUCCAUUCUGGUGGACCCACCAGAGACAUGACGGGAAGUUGUGGAAUUUGAAUAACUAUAGAAGUGACAUGAUACAAGCGUUGGGUGGUGUGGAAGGCAUUUUAGAGCACACGCUGUUCAAAGCUACGUUCUUCCCGACGUGGGAAGGACUCUUCUGGGAGAAGUCGUCAGGGUUUGAAGAGUCGAUGAAGUACAAGAAGUUGACCAACGCGCAGCGCAGUGGUCUGAAUCAAAUUCCAAACCGCCGAUUUACACUGUGGUGGUCGCCGACGAUUAAUCGUGGGAGUGUGUAUGUCGGCUUUGAAACGCAAUUGGACUUGACGGGGAUCUUCAUGCAAGGGAAGAUCCCGACAUUAAAGAUAUCACUGAUUCAAAUCUUCCGCGCACAUUUGUGGCAGAAGAUUCACGAGAGUCUUGUGAUGGAUCUGUUCCAAGUUUUCGAUCAAGAGAGUGAGAGUUUGGACGUCGAGAGAGUGCAGAAGGAAACGAUUCAUCCUCGGAAGUCGUAUAAGAUGAAUACGUCGUGUGCUGAUAUCACGUUGUUUGCGAUGAACUCGUGGGAGACGGGGAAGGCGUCGAUGUUAACUGAGAAUAAAGUAGCGAGUGGGAUCAGCACGAACAAAUAUUGGAUUGAUGUGCAGUUGAGGUGGGGCGAUUUUGAUCAACACAAUAUCGAGAGUUAUGCGCGACAGAAAUAUGAGAGUUAUUCGAAUGAUAACAACUGUUUGUACCCCUCGAAGACGGGAGUUAUAAUAGCGUUUGAUUUAGCGUAUAAUAUUUACUCUGCAUAUGGGAAUUGGAUACCGGGGAUGAAAGAUUUGUUGACAAAAGCGCUAGCGAAGAUGUUAAAGUGUGAUAUUGCGUUGACGGUACUUCGGGAGAGGAUACGAAAAGCGUUACAGUUGUAUUGUAGUGAGCCGACAGAGCCUUGUUUGUCGACGACGAAUUAUGGGGAGUUGUUUAGUAAUCAAAUUGUGUGGUAUAUUGAUCACUCGAAUGUCUAUCGCGUCACGACACACCGCACAUUUGAUGGGAAUCAUAUCACAAAACCGUUGAAUGGGUGUGUCUUUAUUAUUAAUCCUCGUACUGGUGGAGUUUAUUUGAAGAUUAUACAUGCGAAUGAAUGGGCUGGACAGAAGAGAAUUGGGCAGUUGAAGCAUUGGAAGUCUGCGGAAGAAGUAGUGAAGAUCAUAGGAAGUCUUCCCAAAGAAGAGCGACCGCGGAGUGUAAUAGCUUCAUUAAAAGGUCUUAUAGACCCUCUCGAGACGCAUUUGAUAGAUUUCCCAAGCAUCGUCUUAAAAGGGACUGAAAUGGCGUUACCGUUCAAUGAAGUGAUGCAUAUGGAGAAAGUCAAUUCUGCGGUAUCGAAAGCGACUGAGUCGAGUCUACUGUUAUUUAAUAUCUAUGACGACUGGUUGGAGAACAGUAGUGCGUAUGUGGCCUUCCACCGAGCUGUUUUAAUGUUACGGGGGUUAGGAGUCAAUGCGAUGAAAGCCAAAAAGAUCUUACAACCAGACCCGACGAUCGUUGUUGCUCCAAAUCAUCACUGGCCGACAUACAGUGACACGCAGUGGAAAGAAGUUGAAAUUAAGAUGAAGGAUUUGAUCAUUAAUGACUACGCGAGAAAGAAUAACAUCAACGCGUCGUCGUUAACACAGAACGAAGUGCGAGAUAUCAUUCUUGGUGUAGAAGUAGCUGCGCCGUCCGUUGAAAGACAGCAAAUAGGAGAAAUAGAUGGUGAGAGGACGACACAAGGGAAUGCGAUCACCACGAAGACGAUGAAUAAACUGCAAGAGAAGAUUGUUGUGUCGACGACAACACCGUACGAACAGAAUGUUUGUGCUGCGACACAGAACUGGAGAGAGCGUGCUAUUGAAGCUGGGAAGUUAUAUGAGAGAGUCAGUUCGUUGUUUGUAUCGACUCAAGGAGAGACGCCUCCAAUAGUUCUUCCCAAGAAUUUGAUGACGACGUUGGUGAGGAUAGCAGACACUAAAACUGAGAUAGGAGGGAUUCUGUAUGGGAAAGAGAGUGUUUCUAAUGCGGGGGUGUAUGAAGUCAAGUGUAUAUGUAUGACGCCGCAGUACGGAACAAAUAAAUACGUCGUCUUUCCGGAUCACCCGCCACGCAGUGACGAGAUUGAUUCGUUGCAAGCACUUGGGUGGAUUCGAACGAACUGUGGGGAGCCUGAGAUGUCGUCGUAUGAUGCAGUGGUUGAUAGUAUUAUUGAAAGCAAAUAUAAGAUGAGUGGGAAGAUCAUCUGUGUUGGGAUAGGGAAUGGGAGUAUAGGAGUCCAUGGGUAUGUUGUGAGUGAAGUUGGGAAGGAAUAUGGGCGGCAGAACAUUGAGAGUCUGACAAACAUGCAGAAUGUCGCUGGUGGAAAGUUAGCUGAUGACGUUCCUGUUAUCGUCACAGAGAAAUUGAAUGGGUUCUUCUUAAUACCAGACAGAGGAAGUUGGAACUAUUCACUGGCAACUACUAAGUUCUCUUUGGGACUCCAAUACGGUCUUAAAAUUGGAAUACCUCUCGAGUUCUAUAAUGAAGAACAUAGGAGCACUCACUUCUUGUCUUGGGCUGAAGUCGAUGAAAGUACUCUUGAGAGAGAAGAAAUGGCAGAUGAACCAGAUAAUUGA